AAAACAGUGUUAUAAUGAUUUUGGUCGGGCAGAAAGAUUAAAACUUAUGUCUAGCUGAGGUGGCGAGAUCUGAGACGUUGAAACGGAGAAAAUCAACGGCGACCGUUCCUCCGUCCUAGACCUAACCACUAUCUUACCUUCGAUAGAGACAACACGAAGACAAUGACGCUAAACAUGGCGAAUACGGUGGCCGGUUUAUCUCCGGUUAUCGCUCCAAUUUAUUGUCCGAUUACCAACCGGAAGCCAAUCAGUUUCUACAAGCCGCAUCUUCUCUCGUACAAACAAAGCCUUAUAUCGUCUCUACACAGUUCGAGAACUGCUCGCGUGAUAGAGGUGCCACGCAAGCAAAGGAACCGGUCGUGUUCUGUUUGUUGGUCUCUGACUGAUGAAGAAGAAUCAAAGGGUUCCUCAGAGGUUGCUUCGGUAGAUAUUAAACUACCAAGAAGAAGUUUGCUUGUGGAAUUCAGUUGCAACUCAUGCGGAGAAAGAACAAAGCGGCUUAUCAAUCGGCUGGCCUAUGAACGUGGCCUUGUCUUUGUCCAGUGUGGUGGAUGUCUUCAGCAUCAUCAACUGGUUGACAAUCUCGGUCUCAUUGUUGAGUACGACUUCCGCCAAGAAACCUCUAAGGAUUUGGGUAUCGAUCAAGUUUGAUAAAGCUUGAAUCAGUUUUGUUCUUUUUUAUCUCAGAUAUGUUAUGAUAACAAGUAAAGCUAUGUUCCACAAAGAAUACAACAGAAGAAAAGUAUUAUUUUUGAAUUAA